AUGUCUGCCCAAGGCCAGGCAAAGAGCAAAGGGCUCACUCCCACAGUGUCGUAUGCAGCCCUUGUAAAUAAGGGUGGUGAGGCUGAGCAAGUUCAGCCUGAAGAGAAAAUUUAUUCCUGGGCAGAAAUUCAGUGCAGUGCUCCUGCAGUCAAUGGCUCACCAGGCAGAGAUGGUCCUAAAGGUGCAAAGAGAGAACCAGGAGAAGAAUUUAGAGGCGUGGAGAGUUUCCCUGGAAAAGUGGGACCUCCAGGAAUAAAAGGAGCUUUAGGACCACAAAGAAAGAAAGGAGAAAAAGGAGAAUAUGGAACUUUGAUUUUAAAGAACAUCAAGAGUAUUGCUAAAAACCAUACUUGUCUCAACUGGAAAUCGCUUUGUACAAAAGCUGUAAGUGCACUUGCCUCUCCCAGGAAUGAGGCUAAAAACACAGAUGUACAAGGCUUUGUAACACCUUGAAAACAGGCUUGUAUGGAGAUGUCUGAUGAACAGACUGAAGGUUCAUGAAUCAGGUUCAUGAAUCUGAAUGGAAGGACUGUAACGUACAGGAGCCGGAAUGACAGAGAAGUAAUCUACAAAAUGAAGAAUACAAGACUUUGGAAAAAUGGAUUGACAUUAAUUAUUCAAAUUCACAUGCAUUAAUUACUUGUGAAUUCUUGAGCUGAUAAAUCUAAGAAAACCCAACUUUUUUUUCUCACUUAUGUGGUUGAUAUAGAAGUUUGUUCCCAUAAAGGUGGCCUGGAAUAACCAGAACAAGAGUGUAUUUAUAAUUGCUGUCUCUUUGAUGUUCAGUUUUGAAUCUCCUAAUAAAGUACAGAUUUCAUUUUUCCAGUCAAUAUGAAAUAAAUUGUGUUUAUCAUGGUGGUAUAAGGUUAAUAAAUUAUGGCAUGCUCAGGGGGCUAGUUAUUAUAUCUGUCUGAGUUUCUCAUAAAUGCAGCAUGAAGAAGGCAUUUUUUUAGUUAUCUUGAAACUAGUGAAAAAUUUGUCUGUAUUCCAUCUUUGAGCUGAGCUCUAAACUUGGAGAAAUUACUCUCCACAUGUUGCUUCUGAUAUAUUAUUUUAUGAUGUAAAUAAUGGACAGUGCAUACAGUCCUAUAUUCAGUAUUUAGUGAUGUCUUUGCUCCUAGUGCACUUUUACUCUAGUUCUAAAAUUGACUAAUAAUGAUCACUUAGAGCCUAGAGUAGUAUUUGUCAUCUGGGUACAGAAGUCCACGGCACACAAGUGACUACUGACGUAGAAAUAAUUUCUUUUUUGAAGUUUCAGCUAUUU